AUGGGUGCGAGAAAGGCGAACGUGAAAGAACGACGAUCGGCCAGCUUGCGGAAUGAGGAAGAUGAGAAGGAGGAGGAUGAAGGCAUAACAAGACAGGUUCUCAGGGGUCUGCUCCGCAUCAGCAGAUCUGAAGGAAGUCCAACCAAGUCCAUUGAGGACGAUGACGUUCUGCGGACUUCCAGGACUGCCCCUGCUGCCUUUCACUCCCAAGAGAGCUUUUCCCUUGCUGAGAGACUGUUCUACCAAGGAUAUGACUACCUCGAUGCUGGAGGUCGAGGACGAAGUAUGGAGGAGGAAGGGAGGAGUGGUCAACGGCAGCAAGCUUCCAGGCGCGCGCAGCAGCAAGUGAACAGACUCAAGGAUGCCUCGAGAACAAUUGAGGAUUCUGAACAGCCUCUUGAAAGCAGGCAAAAAUCCGACACGAAUGUGGGAGUUGAAGAAAGGGACCUCCUUCCCUUCUCCUUGGAGGACUACCUUGCGUUUGACGCAGACAGCCGUGAAGAGUUCGAUCAGAAGCUGAGAAAGCAGUCGGAGAUGAACGAGAGGACGAAACACUUGUCCUUGUUUUCUCACCCCUACGUUGUGCGUGGUGGGGAGGAGGUACUCGUAAAGCGUGCAGUCACAACCAGGAUGACUGCACAUUCUAAGACGAGCAAGGUCAGCAAGUUUCACGCUCCUGAGCCUCAUCAGCUUCCUUCAACUGCACCAGCUGCUGUCAUUUCUGAUCCGAAUCGAUGGAUUGAUAGACAUUGGAUCAGUUCAGCCCAGGCUGCUCUCCGGAUUUCCAAUCCUGGUCCGUUGCCCUGGAAACAGUCUCGAGGGUGGACGUACGAUCCCAUCCGAAGUGAGUGGGUUGCUUCGGACAACAAGCCCAGCAAGAUAAGCCCUUCCAUGAUUGACCGGAGUGAGUACCUGAGUGGGAGAAUCUGGAACAAGAUCAACACCCCCAGGUUGCCAGAAAGCGAGAGAGUUCAAGUGAAGUAUCCUUACAAUACUAUUCUAACGAGGAAGCAGAUCAUCAACAGAAUAUCUUUCCCAGAUCCGGGACUUGUUUCGAAGCAUGAAUUUGGAAAACGGAGAGGGUGCAUAAAUCUGAAGGGACCCCGACUUCCGAAGAAGAAAGCUCAGAAUCAAGACCUAGACUCAGAUCGAGAUCUCUGCGUCCUUGGCAAGAAGAAAGACCGAAAUGCGAUGUUUGAUACCUACGUGCAAUCUACGCAAGAAGGCAAGUGA